GAAGCUAAAGAGAAGGCCGAUCAAGAAAUUCAAAUAAAGAAUGUUGCGAAGAAACUGGCGAAGGAAAUUAUAGGUAUUGGGAGGAAGAAGAAAGCAGAUACAUCUUAUAUUGCCAAGGAGGUUCUACCAGACCCCAAUGGCAUUCGUGUCGAGCCAAAAAUUGAUUCAGUGAAAGAAAAAUACGAAUCGAAAAAAGCGUCGAAACCUCGUCAACCUAAAAGUGAACCAAAGAAAGAGGGCGCAGAUGUGAGGAAAUUCAUGAAGAAGACAAACGACGUGAAUAAUGAUAAAGAUGCACCACACUCAAGGAAGAAUGGUAAGAAGAAAAAGAAGUUUGAAUUGGACUCAUCGGAAGAGUUAGAGGAUGAUUUCAUUGAGACGCUUGAUGACGAUAUUCAGGAAAUUAUUCCAUCUAAAACGAAUGAUGUUGAAAUCGGUGAAAAAAGAAAGGUAUUUCAUACUUAUUUAUAA